UCGACGACUGUCGAGGCUCCGGAAGACAGUAGUAGCGACUAGUGAUUAGCGAAGGACACAAUUUUAGCGGUUAAUUUUGAAUUUCUAACCAAAAGCCCCGCCACAACUGAAAUACAGAGAUCUCGCUUUUCUUCAUUCAAGCCUCCGUUUCCCCCUUUAGCCUUCCUAUCUUCUCUCUCUCCUCCCAAUUUCCCUUUUCAACUUCUCAACUGUCACAGUAGACUCACUGCAUCAAGGCCAAGCAGCACCGGUCUCUCAUCCAGCUGUUAUCAGUUUUCUUGAUGCGCACAAUCUAUUCGGUCGAAUCUCGCAUUCACUGAGGCUGUUUGUGAAGGUUAUACAUUUUGAAAUUGCAACAUGUACGGGAGAAAAGCGUGCCAGCUUGUUAGGGAGUUAGCAAGUGGAGAAAAAGGCCAGUUGACGCCAUUCAAUAGUGAUCUGUUCGAACAAGUAGUUGCAGAAUGCACCCAACAUCACCUUGAGCUUCAGUCAUUGAUAAGAAAGAUGCAGGAAGAAGGGUUGGAUGUCCAAACAACUAGAAAUGCAGAACACCAUGGCGCACUUAUCCACCAUCUUUCUUUAGUUCGCAAUAAACGCUGCCUAAUGGCCUAUGUUUAUAAUCGAGCAGAGGCUAUACAGGGUUUGUUAUGGAAAAUUGGACAUGUACUUCCUCAAGAAAUUGAGGAGAAGCUUUGUCAUACGGAGGUAGAGUAUUUUAAGAAGCAUUCCGCGGCUUUGAAAUCAUACAUGUCAAAAGUGCAACUGGAUCUGACUGUGGAUAUGGUGCCGCCAAAAGAUCCCUACAUUCAAGUGAGGGUCCUCGAUGAUAUUGGUGAUGGGAUUGUGCUUAGUGAUGACAAGACCGCCAAUUUUGCCCUCCAUUCAAUGCAUUUCCUGAAGCGAACUGACGCGGAGCAAUUUAUCUCACGGGGGUUGAUGGAGGAGCUCACAGGUUGACAUGAUAAGCUUGUCAUUUUAAUGUUUUUUUAUACAUUAAAGUAAUGUAGAUAAUAAGAAAUUAGAAAAUCAGUGAACAUUGUGUGAAAUUCCAAGUCAUUAUAUCAUUUUUUUCCCCUUUAAAGAUGUAUUAUCAUUAAUAAUGUUCCAUGAAAUGGUCCUUGAUGUAGCUUUGAGCACAUGCGCAUGAUUAGGAAGAUUACAUGUAAUGAGAGGAGUCAAUUCUGACCCUUUUUGCUUUUGUUUUUUGGGCCACUGCGGCACGUGUGUUCUUACCUUUUUCUCAGUAAAGUGUUUCAAGAAGAUUUCAA